AUGGCUGCUCUCGAUAAUGGUGUUCCUGAGACUUGUGUCCACCACCUAAUCGGUAAUCAUGUUCGGGAACGUCCUAACAAGGAGGCGGUGGCGUCAUCCGAAAGAGAAUCGCUGUCAUACUCUGAGCUUGAUGAAGCUGCCAACCGAGUUGCUGGCCAGCUACGGGCAAACGGAGCGGGACCAGAUCGAUUCGUGCUUCUUUGCUUCGAGAAGUCAAUUUGGACCAUCGUUGCCAUCCUCGCCGUUUUGAAGGCAGGGGCCGCGUUCGUUCUAUUGGAUCCAUCGUAUCCAGACGAGAGAAUUCGCGUCAUUGCCCACAAGACAAAUGCAGCGGUCGCGAUUACCUCAGCAAGUCACUACCAAAGGUUUACUCUGCUCCUGAAAACUACCAUCACAUUGGAUAAGAAUUCUCUGGCGGAGUUAUCGCCCUCAGCUAUGUAUCUUACGUCCGCCGAGAACGAAAUGGUCCAACCGUCAAAUCUCGUUUACGCCGUGUUUACCUCAGGCAGCACGGGGCAACCGAAGGGUGUAUUGAUCGAGCACCGUUCCUUCCAUCACUGCUUCAACGGCUGGACUGGCCCCGCUCGCUUCAGCAAGGAGAUGAGGUGCCUGCAGUUUGCAUCUUACAGCUUCGACGCGUCAAUCCUGGAGAUCCUGGGAACGCUGGUAGCUGGCGGAACAGUUUGCGUGAUAUCUGAGUCCGAGCGCCUCGACAGCGCUGCGCUGGUUCGGGCCGCCAACGAGCUGCGCGUCAAUUGGGCCAUCCUGACGCCCUCUGUUAUCAAGUUGCUCCCUGUCGACGGCAUCCCUACGCUGAAAACGCUGGUCAGCGGUGGCGAAGCAAUGAAGGCGGUACUUCUGGAGCAGUGGGCGGACAAGGUCGAAAUGAUCGUCAUGUACGGCCCAUCGGAAACAACGAUUGCGUGCACCUGCACGGAGCCUAUGACAGUCUCAAGCGAUUACAGAAGCAUCGGGAAGCCGUUCUUAGGCCGGUCCUGGGUGGUUGGCCCGGAUGACGACCAGCAGCUGAUGACGAACGGCGAGGUUGGCGAGCUGCUCGUCGAGGGACCGCACGUUGGACGGGGCUAUCUCGAUGAGGCUGAAAAAACUGCGGCAGCCUUCAUCAACAGACCUGCGUGGCACCAAGAGCUAUUCCCACAGGAGCAGGGACCCCAUGCUUUCUAUAAAACCGGUGAUCUUUGCUACCGCGACCAGGAAGGAUCUCUCAUCUUCAUGGGACGUAAAGAUUUCCAAGUUAAAGUAAAUGGCCAACGGACAGAACUUGGCGAGAUUGAACACAAGUUUCAGCAGUACCUGAACUCGGGGGAACAUGUCGUGGUGGAAUUAGUAAAACCAACGCCGGAUAAGUCGAUUCUUGUCGCAUUUAUAACAUCUAGUGAUUACGGCGCAGACGAAUCGGAAGCUCAAAGUCGAGUUGAAGCUAGAAUGUCAGAAGUGGAGAAGCUGGCUAAGAGAGAGCUACCAAGUUUCAUGAUACCAACUGUUUAUUUUGCUAUUCGCAGUAUCCCCAUCACUCUCAACGGCAAAAUUGACCGAAAGAGGCUCCAGUCUCUUGGUGCAACAAGGCUUGCGGACACUCGACCGACGGCAGCCGAACGAAGAGCAAACAUGAUAGAAGCUGCAUUACGUAGCGUAUGGAGCAACGUGUUAAACCUUCCGGAGGAUGCCAUAGGGCUGGAGAAGACGUUUCAGAGCCUUGGCGGUGACUCCAUUUCUGCAAUGCAAGUUGUCUCUCAGGGACCAAGUAUCGGCUUCAAGCUUUCCGUCCAGCUCAUCCUUCGGGAGAAGACCAUCGAGCGAAUGGCAGCUGCCCUGGCGCAGGAGGCGUCGUUGCAGACUCAGAGCUUAGCGGAUGCUGGGGAAGGAUACGAAGAAGAGCUUGAUACUCCCUUCAAGCUCUCACCUAUACAGCAGCUCUUCUUCGAUAUCUCUCCCAAUGGCGAGAGCCAUUACAACAUCAGCUACUUGCUGCGCGUCACUAACAAGGUGAAACCGGAAGCACUUAUGUCAGCGCUUAAAACCGUCGUAGCUCGACAUGGAAUGUUGCGGGCGCGGUUUUUCAAGGACAGGAACGGCCGAUGGUUCCAAAGCAUCACUGAUGACGUCGAAGGUUCCUUCGACAUGGGAGUUCACAACCUCUCCAAUCCACAGGAAAUGAUGCCGAUCAUUUCCAGGAGCCAAAGGAGCCUUGACAUUGAAGAUGGGCCCCUGCUUCGCGCUGAAUUCAUGAAGAUGCAUGGUGAGGAAUUCUUGUUCGUGAGCGGUCAUCAUUUGGUAACGGACUUUGUCUCGUUCCGAGUGAUGUUGCUGCAGACGGAGCAGAUUCUUAGAUCUGAGAAGACAACGCUCUCGCCACCGUACUCCUUCCAAAAAUGGGUGAAGGAGCAGGAGAAGUACGUCAAGAAACUUGCAAACAGCGAAACAUGCCUGCCAUAUGAGCUGCCCAUUCCAGACCUCGGAUUCUGGGGGUUGGAUGGGGGAAUGAAUGUCUGGGGAGAUAGCGUCGUGAAGAGUCUUGUCAUCAGCAGGGAGGUUACAGCUCGCAUGAUGGGCGAUGUAGGGAACCCGGAACUCGGGGCGACUGCUGCGGACAUGUUGCUUGCCGGUGUGAUUCACGGUUUUCAACAGGCAUUCCCGGAGCGACACGUACCUGCCGUCUACAUCGAAGGGCACGGGAGAGAGCCUUGGAAUGACAGCAUCGACCUCUCGACGACGGUGUCGUGGUUUACCACCAUUACGCCUAUACUUGUGUCCGUAGCAGAUCAGCAAGAUCCUAUGAGCACCCUUCUCGACACUCGCGAUGCUCGGGAGCGCAUCGUCGCCAACGGAUUCCCAUACUUCUCUUCGAAGUUCAUCGGCAGCCGUCAGCAGCAACAGCAGCAGCGCAACCAUGACAUGGAAAUCACCUUCAACUACGCGGGCAUGUACCAGCAAUUCGAACGCGCAGGGGCGUAUUUCGAGGAGGUGGCCGAUUUUGACUUCCUGAAUCUCGACGGCAUGAGUCCAUCACUGCGGCGGUUUGGCGUGAUUGAUGUCUUUGGCACCGUCAGACACGGCGAGGUGGUGCUGUCGAUUGUGUUCAACGGUCGCAUGAAGCACCAAGAACGCUUGGCUGAGUGGAUGCGAGCGUCUGAGAGAGCGAUCAACGAGAUAGUGAGGCGACUGUCGGUAGCUGAAAAGACAGGCUGUCGGAAGCUAGCUACUAACUAUCGGUUGCUAAAGGUGACACCGUCAAAAGCCCAGGAGUUUGUCCGUUCGGUGCUACAACGCAUCGGGGCGGAUGACGCCUCAAUGGUAGAGGACAUUUACCCAUGCACGCCACUGCAGCAAGGCAUCAUGCUCAGCAGGAUCAGGGGAGGGACUCUGUACGACUCUGAGUUCUUCUACGAGGUACGGUCGAGGGAGGGAGAGAGCAUCGACCUUAGCAAGCUCACUGCAGCGUGGCAGGCCGUAGUCGACCGGCACGCAACGCUGCGGACAAUCAUUGUGGAGAGCAGCCGGGAAGAUGGCACGUUUGACCAGGUGGUGAUUUCGAAGGUGCCGGCUGCCAUUGAAGUGGUCGAUUGCAGCGUCGAACAUGUAGCAGCGGCCAAGUGGACGACAGGGCGACCGGAGCAUCGACUGAUAGUGAACCAGACGUCUCCGACGACAGCAGUGCUUCGACUCAACAUCAAUCACGUGCUAAUCGACGGUGGCUCAUCUGCUCCGCUGCUGCGCGACCUCGAGCGUGCUUACGACGGGCUCUUGGUUGGUGUACCGCAGCACCAGUACAGGGAGUACGUGGCACACGUCAUGGGGCUCGAGCAGACGGAUGCGCUGGCCUUUUGGAAGAAAAGGCUCGCAGAGGUGGAAGCGUGCACACUGCCUUUGCUGGCCGACGGAUACGAGGGCGCAGACGAGGUGCGCCAGGUCGCGGUGCCAGUCCAGACGACGGCCGAGUCACUGGAUGCCUUUUGCCGCGGCCAGGGCGUGACGCUGACGGACCUGGUGAAGACGGCGUGGGCGGUGGUGCUGCGGCGGUACGUGGGCAGCGAACGGCCAUGCUUUGGAUAUCUCUGCAGCGGACGGGAUAUCGAGGUGGCGGGCAUCGAGGACAUGGUGGGCGCGUUGGCUACUGUAGCCGUGUGCGCGCCGCACGUGACGGGCGAGGCGACAGGCGCCCAGCUGGUGGAGCAGGUGCAAGCCGAGGGCCUGGAGGCGCUGCCGUAUACAACAUGCCCGCUGGUGGAGCUGCAGCACGCUUUGGGGGUCGCGGGAUCGGAUGGCCUGUUCGACACGGUGCUGUCGGUGCAGCGGCAGCAGGGCGGCGGAGGGGGUGGAGAGGAUGGAGAGGGUGGAGGGGGUGGAGGAGGUGGAGGGGGCAGAGAUGGCGGAGACGGAGACGGCCAAGGCAGCAGCAGCAGCAGACACGUGACCGGUGGUGGUGUGGCAGUGCGCGAGUUGCGCCAGACUGACUCGGCCGAGUUCGCCGUGGCGGUCGGCUGCUCCUACCGCCACGGGCACGUGAUGCUCUCGCUGGCGUGUCGCACCUCUCGCGUCGCACCGCCACACGCCGCCAACAUCGCCGCCACCUUCGCGGCCGUCAUCGAUGGGCUGGUACGGGCUCCCCAUGUCCCCCUUGGCCGGCUGAACGUGCUCAGUGCGAGAGAUGCGGCGGCCAUCGACUCUUGGAAUCGUCUGCCGCGUGCAUCCUGGGAUGCCUGCAUCCAUUCCAUCAUCGCCCACAACGCCAGCCAGCAUCCCCAUCGCAUCGCAGUCGACGCUUGGGAUGGCCGCCUCACCUAUGGCCAGCUGCAGCAGGCAGCAUCCCAACUGGCCGCCCACCUGAGGAGCCGGUUCCGGGUCGGGCCGGACGACAUGGUGCCUGUCCUCAUGGAAAAGUCCAUGUGGGCCAUUGUUGCCAUGCUCGCCGUCCUCAAUGCCGGUGCCGCCUUUGUUCCGCUUUCUCCCAAUGCUCCCAUCGCCCGUCUACGAUACCAACUUGCAGACGCCCACGCCAGCCUUGUCCUCACCUCUCCCAAACACGAGCCUCUUCUCCACGGCCAUGUUCCCCAGCUUCUCGUCUCUCCUGCCCUCUUUGAGUCGCUGCCGGUUCCGGUGCGGCCAGUCGACUCUGGCGUACUGCCUACCAAUGUUGCCUAUGUACUCUACACUUCGGGAUCUACUGGACACCCAAAAGGCAUUGUCAUGGAACACCGUCAUGUCCUCUCCAGCUCGGCCGGAUACACGGCUGUGACUGCCAUGGGACCUCACUCGCGCACGCUCCAAUUCGCCGCAUACACCUUUGAUGCAAGCAUCAUGGAAAUAUGGAGUACCCUGACUGUCGGUGGCUGUGUCUGCCAGAUUUCAGAUGAGCAGCGCAUGGACGAUCUGGCCGCCGCCAUCAACCACUUCCAGGCCAAUCUGAUGUUUAUGACCCCCACCGCCAUUUCCCUUCUACAGCCCUCGGAUAUCCCUUGUAUGAAGCAUGUCAUCCUGGGUGGAGAGCCUCUCCGUCGUGAGAAUUUGCUGACCUGGGCUCCGGCAACCCGCCUAACCAAUGGAUAUGGGCCUACCGAGACUGCCGUUUUUGCUGUCAUGAACCCGGCCAUGACAGCCUCCACCGAGCCUUCAAGCACCGGCCAUAGCAUUUGCUGCAAAACGUGGAUUGUCGAUCCUACCGACUCAACCCAUCUCGCUCCUGUUGGCGCCGUGGGUGAGCUGUGGCUCGAGGGCGCCAGCGUCGCUCGAGGUUACCUUGGUUUGGAAACCAAGACCGCUGAAGCUUUUAUCAUCCGACCAUGUUUCUCUCCAGGACACGACCAACCGCCCAAUUUGACCCGCUUCUAUCGCACUGGAGACCUGGCUCGCUAUGAAGCCGACGGCGGAAUCAGGAUCCUUGGUCGUAAGGAUACUCAAGCAAAGAUCCGAGGCCAACGUCUGGAGCUGUCCGAGGUCGAGUACCAUGCCUCCGACAUUCUUGAUCCAUCCAUGGCCGUGGCAGCCGAGAUUGUCACACCCAGCACAGGGUAUCAUCAGCCGUUACUUGCCCUCUUCAUCGAAUGCGAUGGCGACUCUGGCUCCUCGGCCAAAGACCAGCUUGAGUCCCAAUUGCCCAGCAGACUCCCAGGCUACAUGGUGCCGUCUGCCAUUUUCUUUCUGCAACAGCUGCCUCGAAUGGCAGCCUCUGGGAAGCUGAAUCGGAAAGAGCUACGUGCUGUCGGUGCCUCCAUGGCACUCGAAAGACUUGAGAGCGCGGACACUUCUGGGCAAGCGAAGCAACAACCGCAGAACCACAAGGAGAGUGUACUGCAGCAGCUGUGGAGCCAAGUUUUGAACGUACCAUUGUCCCGCAUUGGUGUGAAUGACCAUUUCUACAGCCUCGGCGGAGACUCAAUCAACGCGAUGAGACUGGUGUCCGCCGCACGCAAGAAGCAUCUGUCCCUGACGGUGGCUUCAGUGCUGCGUAACCCCGAACUUAAGAAGAUGGCAGUUUUCAUCGGGGACCAGCCUGAUGACCCGUCUCAAGUGGCAGAGCCAUUUGAACUUCUGGGUACUCACACCGACGACAUGAUUGCUGAAGCAGCAGAGGCGUGUGGGGUGUCUGGAGAUCUUAUUGAAGAUAUUUACCCAACUACUCCGCUUCAAGAUGGCUUCUUGAUUCAGUCAUCCCAGCAUCCACAGGCCUACGUGGUCGCACACGUUCUUACGCUUCCUGCCAAUAUUGAUAUACAACGUCUCCGGGCGGCAUGGGAAACGACCGCCACGCAGAUCCCGGUCAUUCGCACGAGAAUGGUACAAUUCGUGCGUAGCCAGCCCUCGCGAACAAUGCAAGUAGUCCUCCGCGAGCACAUGCACUGGGGCUCUUCCUCAAGCCUUGAAGUCUAUUUGCAAGAGAACAAAAGAAUGGCCGUAGGGAAUGCCACUCCAUUGACAAGAGUAGCAACUGUGGAAGACGCGGCGUCAGGGAAGAUAUACUUGGUCUGGCAUGCUCACCAUUCGGUCUACGACGGCUGGUCGCUACCACUCAUCUUCAAGCAACUGCAUACAACUUACGAGGGGCUGAGUAACAGCUCCACGCCAUGCAAGUUCUCCCAGUUCAUCAAGCAUCAACAGAAGAUUAUCAAUGGAAAGGAGGCCGCCGAGUACUGGAGGACCGCAAGCCAACGGGUACCGAUCAGACAGUCUCUCACCAGAUACACGUGGAAAAGUACCCCAGCGGAGGCAUUCCCUUUGCCGCUUUCCUGCGCCUAG